UGAUUCUCCUCAUUCAUUGUUACACUUCGGAAGGAGCAACAACAGUGGAACCGCGCUCGGUUGCUGAGGAAAAAGUUAGUGUCCCAUUCUAUAUAUAAUCUUACACAAUAGCCAGCCAAUCGCUGUGCUCUGUGGUGCUGAAUGUAAAUGCGCUGGUUCGCAUUUUCUUCCUUUCUAUCGCUAUUUCGAAUCAGUUUGGUGUGUUUUUUUCUGUGGGGAGAUGAGCGCUUCCACUUAGACUGUGCGAGUGUGUGUGUAUGUGUGGUGUGUGUUUUCGCGUACGUGUGCCGCUUGUGUACUGUGUGUGGGACUGGGCGUGUUUGUGUGUGUAUGUGCGUAUUUAGAGAGACGAUAAAAGGUUUUUAAAACAACCCCACUAGCGAGAGAAAUUGCGCUGCGAUGUGUGGGGCGGUUUGCUGAAGAAAAUGAAAGGAAAAACAUCUAGAAGGUUUUGUUUUGACCGUGGCUGUGUGCGUGUGUUAUGUUGGUGAAACAGAAAACGAAAAAAUAAUAGAUUCCCUCAUUAUGUACGCAAUUUGAUGGUGUGUGGGGCCCGUUGUUGCUUCGUCAUGCUAGCAGCGCGCGCGUGUGUGUGUGGUUUCCGAUGUUUGUUUGUUUGGUGCUAGCACAGUUUCAAUUUAGAAUUUCGCCCCUGUUUGUGAGUGUGUGAGUGAGUGUGUGUGCUAGCUACACGAAUAAUUUUCUAUUGCGUUCUGGGUGAAAAGCUAUCACACUUUUCUGUUUCGCUCCAUUCUGUCCACGCCCUUACGGUGUACUGCUGGGGCUAGCAAGAGGGGUGCAGUGCUAGGAGUGUGUGUGUUUUGGUACCGCCGUAGCGGAAGUUAGCGCAUUGAAACGCAUUCGACCGUGCAAAUCGGGCGAGAAAAAAGGGAAAUGUGCACAGCAGAGCUGGGCAAAGAACGAGCCGAGCCAAAGAGAGAGAGAGAGAGAGAGGGAGAGAGUUUUGAGUGGGAGUGGGCGGUGGAGCCAGAGCUCCCUUUUUCAUUGCCACCUCAACGCGCAACACCCGCCCGCGCUCACAUGCGGCCCGUCCCCUGGAGUCCGUGUCUGCCCGUUCAACCCCGCACUACAACCAUACGCAAAGAGCAAGAGAGCAAGAGACCCAGCGAGCGCCAGAGAGAGAGCGAGAGAGCGAGAGCCCGCACGAAGCAAUAGAAGGUUCCCGAUGGUGCUGAUCACGAUGGCGCAGUGGAACCGAGUGGAAAAAUUUCCGUUCCCUCAUUGCGAGCCGUUCGGUAGCACCUUCACAAGCCGGAAUCUUCGCGUCCUUACCCAAAACUAGGUCGCAAAGCAGCACAGCACGGACGGAGCAGCACGGAGCGCGUCGUUAGUUGCAGAGAGAAACUCUUGCACAGCCAAACAUCUGUAGCCCAGCCUCAGGAGUGGUGCGCCAAGUUUAGAGUAUGUUUUAAAAAUUUAUACUCGCCAGUACUACGGUGUGUGUGUGUGUGUGUAUGUCUUCGUUUGUGUGUCAGCUUUUAGUCGGAAGUUUUUAUUUUGUCUAUUUGCCGACUCCUUCUCCCCUUCUCUGCCGUAAUCGAUCGCAGAGCUCUGAUGUCGUCGUGUGGUUGUUUGCGGCCCUUUUUUGCUACUUCUUCCUCGAAUGCCCUCAAUAACCAUGAUGUAAUUUCCUAACGAGCCGAAAUUGCGCCAGUAAUCCUUUUGCGAGUCAAACAUCUAGACCUUGACAGGCUGUUCAAACGUGUGCUUUUUUCGAACGCUAUUAAAUGUCAAAGUCGUUGGUCCCCCGGUCAUCGGAAGCGACGCGGUAAAGGGCCCCGGGCGGUGGGACGAAUAUCAUCCUGGUUUCACCUAUCGCUGAAAGCUCAUGUUUAAUAAUGAAAAUGCAAUUUAAAUUUCACAUUAGCAUGUUUUGUGUGGCGGUGUUGGCGGUGAUCAUGCUACAUAUGUACACGUGUACCUGUGCUGUGGCUUUAGGCGAAGGAUUACUCGCAUUAUGAUGUGUGCAAAACCAAAAACCAGAAAAAAGAAGAGAUUGAAACUGUAGCUGCAAAGGGCAAACAACCACACACACACAGUUAGUAGCUGCUCUGUUUACCACUUUUUACUGUUUAGAAUGUGAAUUUUGCUAAUCCUUCGGGUUUGGGAAGCUCUGAGCCCCUGUUGUUUGUGCCGCAACUGAAAUUAAACCUUGUGGUGCCUUAACAACACGCUUCCUGCGCCCCGCAGGAAAGGUUUCCGCUGUUCAUUUUUCUUAGCUACUCAGAGCUCAGACCGGUAAGCGGCGCACGGUUGCCUGGGCGUAGAUUGUUUUCAGUAAAAUUCAUUACACGAUGAAUCUCCAUGCUGUAUAUGAACGAGAAUUCAUGGCACUAGCACUGCGUAUGAGGCAAGGGUAGCACUGACGAGAAAUAACGAGCACUGCCGGCUUGAGCCUGUUGUACUGGAACACCCGUAGAAAUGCCGGUGGGUAAAGGUUAAAUAAUUCAUUGGCAGUUAAAUUAAGUACCAACACAUACCAGCCAGCCUUUCCCUGUCUGUGUUCUAUCAGCAGAUGGUACUUUUCGCUCUUUGGAGACGCGUGCAGUGUACAGUGGCAUCCACGAUAUGAUGCCAUACAACGAAGAUGCUAGUGACAAAUGCUUUUAUUUUGCAAUAUUAUUAGCUGCUCUAUAGAAUGAGAGCGUGAUGCCAAGUCAAAAGAGUAGUUUUACUCAAAAAAUUACUAUAUGGUAUAGUUUGCAACAUCUACGCUAGAUGUCGCUUUUACGUUGAAGAUUAAUUUUCAGCCCGAGUGUUGUGAUAGUGUGGUUUUGGUGUCUAAUAGACAAUUAGAAAGAAUAUAUCAAUAUAGAUUUUUGAUAUAACAUACGGGUUGUAAAUAAGUAUGACUAGCAUACCUUUCGGUGAACUCAAGAGUGAUAAAACGUAACUUUCCUUUCCGUCUCGCUUAUAAUGUAUGCUGUAAAAGUUUACCCUAAGAAAAAGGGUCAUCUGCUUUUAAGUAAACUAACGUUUAAAAUAGAUUAAAUGCCUCAACAAACCACUGAUACGAUAUCAGUAAGCAAACUCGGCAAAGGCAAACUUUCGCUGGUCCGAACCAACAGAACGCGCUACAAACUUUGAUUGCGAUCUACCCAAAAAGCCUUUUUUCCCAGUCACCACGCGGCUCCAGGCGAUGGCGGUAGGCUUCCGAUUCAACGGUGACCCAACCGGCCGUUUGGAAAGUUAAACAAAAUGAUUAUCUUGUGCGCUGCAAAGGACAAACAAACUUCAAUGUUCGGCGAUUCGGGGCGUCGUGUGGCGUCGUGGUCUCUGUAUGCUUUGGCGGAGUGGUGUGGCGGCCGAGUGCGAGAGCCUCCCGAUGGCAUUAUCAAACGGCGGCAGCACAACGUACGACCGCAGCACGGGGCCUUUAUCGAAGAUUUACUUAGGACUUAUGGGUUGCCGGCGGUAGUUGUGGCCGCCAUGGCUUGGAAAGCAGGAACAACCCGGUUAGGGCGCAUCUUUGGGUGUUAUUUUACGACACAGUCCUUCGACGCGUUCACAUCCGGGAAGUGUGUGUGUGUGCGCGGUGUUAUCAAAACUAUCUUUGUGCUCCGUGCUUCGACGGUUCGCUGUGCAAAGCUGUGUUGCAAGAACGCGAUAAGACGCUCGGUCAUAUCGGGUCAUAUAACUAGUUCGUUCGCUUCGACUGUAGUUACACCCUCCCCUUCGAUCAGUUCGUUCGUGGAAGAUUGUCGCAUUAGGGUGUUGUUUUUAUGUAUUUCGAGGCCUCGUAAGCCUUGGUGAUGAACUGGCAGGAUGCGCUAGACACUUUGCCAGAAAUCAUCGUCAAAGGGCUUGAUAUUUGGGGUGUUCAAGAUUCAUUCCUAUUUGAUUAGUUCGUAAGAUGAUAUGUGGGUGAGUGUGUGUGUGUAUGGAUGGAGUACAAUCUCGGUGCGACUUAUGACCUCUUCCUGCACGUGGCAUCUGCUGGUUCGUGCUGUGUAUGCGGACGUGCCUGGAAUUACUGAUAAGGGUAGGAUUGCUGCAAGCCCAUAAGGGUAAGAUACCAGGAAUUGGUCGCUCUGCUCUGUGUCACAAACACAGGCACACUCCCGCUGGUAAAUUGUAUGCAUAAGGCAUCGUGCCAUGCACAUACAUACUGUCAGAAAGAGGCUUCACUUAAUUUCCCAUAAAUGUCACGAGUGAUGAAAUUAAAGUAGAAACGAAUGACAAAUGGUUCAAUGAUCUCUGCCGUCAGUGACAGUCGGUUAUGCGAUGGUCUCAGUUACUUUUUUGAGCAACAUGGGACAAUUGUGCAUUUUUUAUGCAUUGGUUUCAUUUCCAGAGCUUUUUAAUGGGUAUUGACCUUUUUGAUGGUAUCACAAUGUUGUUCCUUUGAAACCCAGAUAGGCGUUCGAUAUGCAAACAAGGAUAAUAAAUGUGAGCGGUAAAAAUGGGGCGCAGGUUCAAUGCAGAUGUGUGUAUGCCCACAAAGUAACGUCAUAAUUCAUGAUUAUGCUACACUGUGCGUUGUGUUUUGUUUCACACUCCUCUCGUGUGCGCAGGCAGUGUUUAUUAUUGAAAUUGUGGUACGCUGGUUAGCGUAACACAAAACAUAACAGAGCAGCAGCAUGAUGGAACAUGAAAAUCAACAACCAUGACCCGAGCGGUCGUCGACUGUGUCUGUGUGUGUGUGUGUGUGUGUGUGUCCAUAAACCGAACAUAGACCACUGCUGCAUUUUUUUUACAGCCCACCAAAUCCCGUCUGGUUCCAGCGCCAUCGAAUGCGCGUCGUCAUCCGGAUCGUUGACGCAAAUGAUUAUCGAGCACUUGAGCGAGGGCCUCGUGUUGGAGGGUUAUUGUUGGGUUUGUUGUUUUAGCCGCUAGAAAGAGUGCAUCAUCGCGAUCGUUGUACUGUUAUGUGCUUCAUGUGAAGCUCUUGUUUGUGAUGCACAAGGGGUAAAGCUAGCACAUUUUCCCGGCACAGCACUAUGUUUUGCUGUGGCAGCCUAUGAAGUCAUGGUGGCAAGUGUUUCGAUCCCGAGCUCAAGUGAUGUUCAUCGUGAAGUUAUGAAAUUGUUUCAUUCGUCCAGUCCUUGUGAUUUUGGUUUUUAAAGGGAUAAAGGACCACCUUUACUUCUACGUGUAGGUAGAUGCUUACCUCAUCGAUAUUUACAUGCCUCUAUCAAGGUGAGGGUUUCGUUGAAAAAGCGUGUAAUGCCCGGGAAAUUACUUGAAUGACGAGCAGGUUUUGGUGUUUCUCGUUUUAUUAGGCAUUUUCUCGAUUUUAUGCGAUGCUAUUAUUGGCAUACAUUUGCGUGCUUUUUGCUGAUUUAUUUUCCCUUUCACUGCCAUUUGACGAAGGACUAACGGGGAUGAUGGAUUGAUUUCCGCUAAAUGUGUCGGCCGUUCCGUUUCUGUCUGAUUCUUCCGGCUGUUUCAAAAAACGUCAAAAACUUGUGGGAUAUAUGUAUUGUAACAGUUUAUUUGAUUUUUAACGUUUUAUUUCACAUUUAUCCUUUGUUGAUAUAUUAGACUGUGUUAUCUAGCAUUAAUAUUCGUUUUGAGUGGUUUACUAGCGAUAAGUUUCCGGUCGCUUUAUUACUUUCUUUCUUCCUCUUACUAACUAUGGUCGUGAAGGUGAAUAAUUGUGAACAUUUUUACCAUGACUUCCUGCAAAAAAAGCUGGGAACUAAAGCUUAUGACAAAACGCGUUCACAAACACAUGCACUCACCUCCUUCAUUCGCACACAAUUUUUGCCGAAGCUCGCGGGUGACACAAAGGCUGAAGCGCUAUUUCCGUUCGGUUUCAAAAUGACUCACAUAUACCACCGUGUUUGAAAAAAGUUGUUGGCAAUGUGUAUUGGGCGCUGUUAAUGCUAAAUAACAAUCGAUGGAAUAAUGUAUAAUAAGUGUAUAAGAUUUGUUUUUUUUUUGUCAUCAGUUUAUGAAAGAGCUGGGCUCAAGAUGUUUCAAGGUAUGAAUUAGUUUUAGGUUUACGUGUGUGUAAUUAUUUGUCGGUUUAGCAGCGUUUCCUUCUAACUGUUGUCGUUGUUUAAUUUUAGUUUCUGGUAAAAAUCAUUAUGUGAAUGCGAAUGUGAUAUGCACACGCGCUGCCAAAGCUAUUUAUUUAAAGAUAUUAACCUACUACCUAGAUGAUUAGAGCGCAAAUAUGAUACACACACACACGUUCAUUGCGGGCCUAGUGGCUGUGCCUUACUUUAUAAUAUUUUUAUAUGUUUUGUGCAACAUUGUUGACGGUUCAUCGGGAUUUUGAUUCUGUUGUUUGUUCAAGUAUUUAUUUCCUCCCCCUCCAUCUCGCAAGCGUAAGUGGUGAUGAGUGGCUGUAAUUAUAAAUUAUCGUUAUUAAAAUAAUACUAGCCUUAAGGAUACACGAUUGUUAGGAUUGCGAACAUAACUACUAUGUAAUUUAUUUCGUACUGUUAUAUAUUUAUAUAUGCAUGACACUCUCUCUCUUUCUCUCGCUCUUUCUAUACACAGUUUGAUCGUUUCAUAUAAUUUUAUCGCAUUGUUUUUUUUUAUUACAAAAAAUAAGAAGCUAUACUGUAUCAGUAAAACACAAAGAGACGCUUUUUGUUUAUCUCAAACCAUUCUUCUUUGCAUACCUCAUCACUAAUUCGUUAUUUCACCAUAAGUAAUGAUUGUGGCUUUCGGCGAGCACCCGUCGCGAUCUUUGUGUGUGUGCGUGUGUGUGGUUCGCAGAUUCAUUUUCGGUUAUUGUGAAUAGUUUUACGAUGCUUUAGGUAGCUUUUGGCUAUAUUUACUGACAUGCACAUGCGGUUCGACCAAAGCCCUUAUUCAAAGUGCGUUUAAUACCAUAUUUAGUAGCAACAGUUUCUGUACCCAUAAACGUACUGUGUAUAUGAUUGUUUAGUAUAAAUCACACCUUUUAUUUACUGUUAUUAACACACUCUCUCUCAUGGCUGCAAUGCUGCAGGAGGACUAUGAGCAAGUAAAAUCUUUAAACAUCACAGCAAAAACGGUCAUCAGAAUAUUUGCUUUAAUUUUUAACUGUAAAUCAAGUUUCAUUCCAGUAACACACUCCCUUUAGUAUUGUUGUGCAAGUUGAAUGGGAUGCGUUGCCAAAAGCAUAACCGAUCAUUAGAUUACACACGCUCUCUAGAGCUGGCGUUAAUAAUAAUGUAUACAUACACACACACAUCCUCACCUCACGAAAACAAUUAUUAAUUAAUAAACCCACUCAAAAACACACCCACAGCCCGGAUAAUGAUAAACUAUGUAUGUACCUUGUUGGAAUGUAUGUACAAGCCAUUUACUAAAAGGAAUAAAAUAUAUAUAUUUUAUAGUACAAUAAAAUAGCAAACUAUAGACACCUUGUUCGUUUCGAAUCGUUUGUUAACUGAAAUGUAAUUGUUUUUUUGUUAUUUUGUUUCUACCUAAUCUUCCUCCACCCUGUGCUCUCUGCUCUCUUUCCCUUACUCCUUUUUUCCACUGCAACCACCGAUGUCGUUUUUCGUCUACUAAUAGAGUGCUUCCUUUUUCCCCCAUCUACACCUCGGGCAAGAAUAGCGUACCGAACUAAUCCAACCUCACGGCUGUUAGUUUUGCUGUUUUCCAUUUGAAUUUCACGUUCGCUACAGUAUAAAAGGGUAUAAGGUUUUUACAGAGCCCAUCUUACUUUGUGUCGUACUUCACGUGUUUCAUGUUUCUAUAUUUCUCAACGUUGCAACCGAUCAAUGCUUAGUCAUGUUUAUAUUUUAUGCGUUAUUGAUAUUACUGCUUCUACUUUUACACUAGUACAAUAUUGAAUUAUUUGUAAUCCGUUUGAUUGUGUCUAUUUUUCAACUUCAAACAGUCGUUAUUGAUCCUUUCGGUUGCCGAACUCAAAUUUUAUGCAGAAUCUCAAAUUUAUUUUUGGUGUUUCAUCAAUCGGUGCUGGAAUUAGUAGUUAGCUUUCGCAUGCAUUUGUAUACUUUUCAUUUACAAACAAGUAAUUUUUAGAACCUGCUUACAAAUUAAUAUACCGCGCCUGGAACCAAACAGGGAGAAAGAGAGAGAAAUCAAAAAGUGACAAAAGAUGUAAACAAUAUAAAUGUUUUAUGGAGAGUUUCUACUCGUUGUUGAUUGACAAUCGUUAAUCAAGUUCAUUACAGGAUAUUAAUCUCACGUGCCUUUUAUUGCAUUGAAAAAGUAUACCAACUACCCAGAUAGCGUAAAAAUCGCUAGCAUCACUGGAUGAAUGAAGCUAACAACUUAUCCCAGCACUGAUUUUUAACCUAUUUAAGCAAAAAGUGGCUUUAUGUUACCCUUUCUAUGGCUCUGCGUGCUAGCGAACUGUAAUUUGGUGCAAAAUUGUACGAUUCGCCUUUCUUUUCCUAGUCCGUUAGUUUGUUGUUGGUUCCUCUCAUUACAAGCAAAUCAUAGAAGCACUUAGUGUAAAACUAACCCGAAAGAAAGGUUAUCUCCCACACCGGAGUCAUUUCCUUUGUUUUGACAAUAAAAUGAAGGGCGCGCGAUCGUUAAUUUAUCUGUUAAUAUAUGUGAUUGUUAUUAUUAGUGUGCACUUAUUUCAUCUUCAAUUGCCUGUCACGGUGUGAUAAUUUCCCUAUUUAGUGCAUUAAGCGAUUGCGUGCUAUGAAUGGUGUGUUUGCAUUGCAAUGUAAAUCGAAAUGUUCGAGCGGGCACGGUGUGUUUCAUCAUCUUUGUACAGAGAGGGAGACAUCCUGCCCAAGGAGUCUAUCGGGCCGGUUUCGUAGCUACUAAUAAAACCGCGUGCCACGUUCGUUGCCGCUUAGUAACUUCCUCACUGAGGGGAGGAAGGGGUUGUGCCUGCCCACGCCUGCCUUGUCCGUUUUGGGUUUCACUAGUUUUUAGUACCUUGUUGCGUCCGGAAGGAAAGCUCAUCUCCAUCCCUGGUCGUGUACGUAUGGUGCAAGGUGUUGAAAGGUUGAAGGUAACUAUAGCUUGUAAGGUAGUAUAACAAAGAGUAGAUGCUUUUCUUUCCCGAAACAGAACAACAAUAUCACAUUCUUUCAUAUGUUUGCUUUCUCUUAGUAGCUUCCGUCGCUUCGAAAGAAAUGCCCACGAAUCGGACUAACAAAGAAUAAAAAAAAACCGAUGAAAUUUUAAAACCACCUCCUAUUAUCCACAUAUCCCAUUCUUCGAUUCUAGUUUAGCCGCUAGUGUUGGUAAUCCUUUGUGCUAUGUGUGUGCGUGCAUUUGUAUGUAUUUGUUUAUCAGUUUUGGUUCUAUUUUUUGCAGGUUCUAUUGUGCCGUUCGUGGCGGGUUUGUGGACACAGCUGUACACACUUGUUGUAGCUACUGCAUCUUCUUCGAUUAUGCACCCUUUUGCUCUUAUGGUUAAUUAUUUCAUUGUACAACUAAUCGACCUUCAUUGUUUUGUACCGCUAACUCAUCUUUGUUUCUUUCUUUGGUAGUUUUGUUUUGUUUUUUUUUCACAAAAUAAUGCAUAAUUGACAUCAUUUAAGUUUACGAGCUGUAUGUUAUACAUCCUUUUUUUAUACAAUGUUCCUUAUUCAUUUAGCUCUAUUUCCUAGCCUGGUGUUUGGUGUACAAAAAAAGCAUGCACGGCGUGGUAAACGCUCAAAGCUCUCCUAAUGAAACAAACCAAAUGUAUUGCGUUGAUUGCUUGAACAGUUUUCCUUUACCAAAAUUACGCUUACAUGUGUAAAAAUCAGGCACAAGAUUUAUUGGUAGUACACGGCCACACCACUGCCGCAAGCAAUGAAGUAAGGCAAACCAUAAGCUAUUGAGGGUGUUGUAGUGUGAAUCUGCUGUCGUAUCGCUUAAGCACGGCGCUAAGAACGUACUUUAACUACUACCGCUAUUACUACUAGAGAGCUGUGGCUACAACACCUCACUCACUCUGCAGCAACCAUCAAUUCCUACUACUACCUUUACUACGCCAUCCAACAUCUAUCCAAUACUGCUUGCUGCACGCCCCGGGUGUGAGUGUGUGGUUGUUACUCUUCACAGUUCCGGUACAAGAAACAGCACCACACACCUCGUGAUCUGAAGACUCUCGCUAGCUGUGCGCGAAAACCAGGAAAAUAGUGGCCGUCGCAAAGCUCGAUACACAUUCACCGUUCAGUGUGCGACAUUGCAAAGCGUAGCGUCGUGUGUGUGGCUGUGGUAGUUAGUAGACCGAGGGCCAAUCCACAGACCAAUGCGUGCGUCUGUAUGCGAAGAAACCCCUUGCCACAGGGACACAUCCUUUGCGAGGCAGUAGUGUAGUAGUGUAGUAGUGGUGGUAGUAGUAGUGCGAGUGAUUAUUGUUUACACAGCAGCAGUGUUCGUGUGUACGCGUCUGUUCGCGUUUCGUGAAUGGAAGUCGUCCCAUCUGGGAUUGCUCCGUUUGCUUCCUCCAUCGUCUAACCAUUUUGUUCGUUCUAUCAACAGCAGCUCUUUUUCAGCAGCAAUCAGCAGUGUGUAAAGUGUGGUACGGAAAAAGGGAAAACAAUACUACCCCCAUGUGUGUGUGUGUGUGUUUCUGUAGGUGAAGUUAUAAAAAAGAGAGAAAUAAUACUUUGUGUGUGAUUUUGUACGCGUUGCGGUACAGUCCUUUUUUCUGUUUGGCCAAGGUGUAGUGAUCGCAAGUGACAGAUCGAUAGUAAAUAAACACUAAGGAAACGUCGGUGAGUAGCGCCGCUGGCGCUACUACUGUAAACAAAUCGGCAGCAAUCGGCAACGCCAUCGAAAAUGGUGUAGAAGGCGCAGAGGGCGCAUAAGUAAAGCUUCCGGUGGUGUGAUACGUACAUUCCACGAGACGUUCUUUCGGUUUUGCGAGCAAUUCCCCACCCAUACAACGGAAUAGAAAAGCAAAAACGAUACGGGAAGGGAAGUGUGUUUGGUUCCCCCACACUGUCGUCUCUCCAGUGCAUGAAGGUAGAAAGUGAAGCAAGAAACCCUGUGCAAUAAUUAGCGUGCUACACAAAAAUAGGAGGGUGCAGUGAGAGAGAAUUUUCCAACAAAUAAAAAAAUAAAAACCCCUUGCUCGUGGAACAGAUCGCGCCCCACCACCGGACGCGCAGCAACGAUGAUGAAUCCGAACCAUUCCGGUGCGUCACGGCGGCCGUACUCGCGCGGUGCCGUACCGCGCAACCGCUCCCGGAUGCCGUUCUCGCCGCACCAUUCGCACCACGCGAACCGGAACCAUGGCGGGCACAACCAGUCCUGGUACAACAAGGACAUGGAGAAUAGCUUUAACUACGGUGACAGCGGCAGUAGUCCGAAAGAGUCAUCCUUCACCUACACCUCCAAGUCCCCGCCGGUGCAGUUGCAUUCCCCUCCCAUAGCGGGCCGCCCGACGGCGGCCACCAUACUAAUGCCUUACGGUGCUGCUGACGAUGGUAGUAUUAAUAAUAGAUCUCAACAAAUUCUUAGAGCCGGCCCGAGCCACAUUGACCGACACCGGAUCAAUAUGGGCGGUAAUAGUAUGCAGGAGCGCAACCGGCACACGAUGAGUGCGUCCUCGAUCGAUCGCCAUCUGAAUCACUUCGAGGGGCCAUCCAACUCGACGCGCGGCGCGGAUCUGCACGGUGGCGACGCACGCUCGGUCCUGUCGAUGGACUCGAUGCGCAACAGCCGCGACAACAACGGUGGCGCCCGCGAGCGCUUCAGCCCGCACUAUCACCCCGGUGGUGGUAGUGGUGGUGGGGGUGGGAGCGGCGGCGGCAAUGGUUCCGGACCAGCCGGUGGAAGCAAUCAGGGCUCGUCGCCCCCGUACUGCCCGGUCGAUGGGAUCGGGGGCAACGGUGGCAUCAAAUCGGACAGCCCGUCGCGCAAGCGGCGGCGUGUUUCGUCCCGGCUGCCGAGCCAAUCGCCGCCGGCCGCCAUCUGGGAGCAGCGCCGUUCGCCCCGCAACGGUGGCGGCAUGAUGUCGCUGAUGGGCACGAGCGGCGCUAAUGGCGGUGGGAAUGGGCAGGGCAGCAACGGUGGCUUGGGGAACCAUGGCAUGAACGGGCACCACAGCAUGUCCCAGCAGCAGCAGCAGCAGCCGCAAUCAUCGCAAAGCGGUCAGCAGCAGCAGCUGGUACCGCCGCAACUGCACCACCGUGAUCAUCCGCAGCCGCAUCAUCAUCACCCGAUGCACCAUCAUCACCAUCACUCGCAGCAGCAGCAGCAACAACAGCAACAGCAGCAGCAGUCUCAUCAUCACACGAACGGGGGAGGAUCGCAUCUGCACCCGAGCUCGGGCGGUGGUAUGGCGGCAGCCGUCAUAUCGCAGCUUCAGUCGCACGCACACCAUCCGCAGGGCAGUCCGCCGAUCCGGCGGCCCCGCUUCCACCGUGAUCAGCAAUCGCAGCAGCAGCAGCAGCCUCAGCAGCAGCAACAGCAGCAGCCGCAGCAGCAGCAACGUCCCUGGGAGUCGCUGACGCAGGUGUUCCAGCAGGCUCCGGCCGCGCAGGCCCAACAUCAACAUCCGGCCUCCUCGCUGAUGGUCGACAUUAACCAGGUGCCGGUCAGUCUGCCGCUCGGCCAUCACCACGAGCAGCUGUGGACGUAUUCGGCCGGGCCGCACAUUUCAAUCUGCUCCGGGCACCCGGCCGCACCGCACUUGCCACCGUGUCAGGUCCAUGGCGUGUACUCGCAACCGUUUGCACAGACCUGCGGUAUUGGCGGGCAUUUCGGGGGCUUUGCCUCGUCCGCUGGGCCGGCACUGGCCGUUCCGCAUCCACCACCGCACCAAGCGCACUACCAGCAUCCCCAUCUGGCACAGCAGCGCACCGACGGCUUGACGCUGGACGGGUUGGAGCAUGCCGGCGGGUCACCGUUGCACCUGUCGCCGCUCGCCACCCACGCGCACCAUCUGCACGGUGCCUCGCCGCAGAUGACGCAGCUGACCGCGGCGGCCCAACCGAUCUACAUUUCCACCGAGGUAAGUGCCGUGGGCAGUGAGGUGCCCCGAACGGGCGUCACACCCGCCGGAACACUGAUCCCACUGAUCGCGAACGUCCCGCAGGGUCGCAACUAUGAGAUACUGCACCGGACGGUUCGCCGGGCGAUCACGGCACCGCGGCGCAACUUUGCCCGCUUCCACUGGCCCGGCCCACCCCCGCCGCCGCCGCCACCGCCGCCACCGGCGCACCAUCAGCACCACCAUCCGGGCCACCACCCGACGCAUCACCAUCGGCCCCACGCGCCACCACCGCCGGCCGCCCUGCAGGCCCAUCCGCAGCCGCUCGGCCAUCCGCAGCCGGCCCACGUCACGCUGUCGGCCACCACGUCCGCCUACUCGGGCAUACUGCUGAACUUCCUACCCGUCCGAUGCCCUUUCAGAGCGAUGUUCCCGCUGUCCUCGUACGGUCCGCCGGACCUGAACUCGCCGGACUCGAACGAGACGGAAAAUUACGAAGCGCUGCUCAGCCUAGCCGAGCGUCUGGGCGAGGCGAAACCGCGCGGUCUGGCACGGCCCGAAAUCGACCAACUGCCGAGCUACAAGUUCAACGCAGAAACUCACACCGGUGAUCAAACAUCGUGCGUGGUUUGCAUGUGUGAUUUCGAGGCGCGUCAAAUCCUGCGGGUGUUGCCCUGUUCGCACGAGUUCCAUGCUAAAUGCGUUGAUAAGUGGUUGCGGUCCAAUCGCACGUGUCCAAUAUGCCGCGGCAACGCGUCGGAGUACUUCGAAAGCAGCGAGGAACAGUAAUCAUGAACACCGGCACAAACCGACGCAAUCGAAAGCCAUUCGGUAGGUGUGUAUGUGUGCUAGCUUUCGUGGCCUGUGGCAAGUUGGUGUCUACUGCCGCGCGGAGGACGGUGUUGACGAGUUUAAACAAAUCUACGUUGUCGUGUUUGUCACCUUUUGCAAUAUUCUACCAAUCAGCGUCUCAGUAAACAAAAACUGCCUCAUCAGGAACAGUCCCUGGCAGAGUAUGCUUUACGUCUUUCACAUUUAAAUCGCGCUAGUGAAAUCCACUGUAGUGUUUGCCACCCACCAACAGGCUGUUGCUUUUUAUCUGGCCUCUUCUUGAGCGCAAAAUCGCUAAAGUUUUCCUUUCCUCGAUACAGAUAUGCGAAUCUCAAGCAGCAGUAAGCUCACAAACACACAUAAAAAUAUCUUACGAAAGCUUGUUAAGUGGUUUUGUGUAAGUUUUUGCUUUACUAACAUCAUUUGAAUUGCUGCCACCUCAAAGUUACUAACGAGAACACUUUAUAGAAGAGUUUUGCGAGUGAAAACAAGAGUCUGUUGCAUGUGGUAACAGGAAUAAAUCUAUGAGCUACAUAUGUGGAUGUUUCCUUUCCAAAUUAGGUUAUUGUUUGUAGAUGCUUUAGAAGAGUUUGCAAACGAUAUGGAUAAGCGUGUCCUGCAAUUAGGUUACAAAUGGAAUGGCAAUAAUACAACGGCAACAAUGGCAGCGUUAUGAAUUCAAUGUUAUUCCUAUGUUUUGCACCUGUUUUGCCAGCAGGAGAGAGGGAGUAAAUUCAAACUGCGACGAUUCAGCAAAAAACAAAAGUGCGCUAAUUGCGAGCAGCAACCACAAGCAUAAUAUUAAACUGCAAACAAAACAAAACAAUGGUUAUCCAAGCGAAUAAUCAGUGAAACCACGAUAGAACCCGGAAUGACAAUGCAAACGCCAUUUCGCAACCACCCAAGAGCAAUAAUUCGAAAACAACAAACAAAGCAACCAAGCUCAGUCAACGUAUACAACACACAAUUGUUUUCAUAUGCCAUAAUAUAAGUAGCGAAUGGGGAACGAUAUAAUACUGCUAACUAUGUAUAGCAUUACAAACAUGCAACAAUAUUAUUAUGCAACAACCAAAAAAAAAGGGAAAAAAAACUCAAAAAGGAACAUUUUUAUUCCAAUGUCCAAUGGCGCGUUUGACAAUGGCACUACGUCAACAGUACGGCAAGAUUUGCUACAAAGUUUUAACACUUUUAACAAAAAGUCUAUUACAGCACCUGACUAUUGCUUUUUAUCGGUAUUGUUCUGUUUCAAUGCGGUUGUUUUUUCUUCAUCAUACUUUAACGGUUUUUUGAGUAGUAGAUCGCGUAUCGUAACAUUCUUACGUCUGUUUUCUUGCUUAACAAACAAACAACAAACAACUAGCCUAGUUAAGUUGCAUUUUUUAAACACGAUUUGUUGUUCGUUUAAUCGACCGGAUUACACGCACCACGGUAGAAGAUGAUUGUGUGCCAUCACGGGUGGCCUCAUAGGUUUAUGUCUAUAUUUAGUGUGUAACCCAUGUAAGCAAACGUUCAGCAGUCGGUUCGUGUAGCUGUUUGCAUGGUUGUGGUUUUUAUAGAAUCAAAAUAAUUUUAUACUUAUCGAAAUGCUUGAUCAACGAAUAACCUGUGUGUACACACCCCUCAAGUCGGUGAAAUAGCAAUGAACAGUAAUGAUUGUUAAAACAUACGUAGGACCAAUGCCAUAAUAGUCACGAUACGAUAUAAGCAAAUAGUAUGACCACAAGAGCAAGUUAGAAUCUUUUAUCUUGUUUUUGUUUGUUUUAUCACUAACAAAUCUCGUAAUGAUCAAUUUCAACCAGAGUUACCUUACACAUAUUGGUUUUGCCUCGAUAGCAUUUUACAUUAUAGCAAUCGCUUAAGCUCUUUCUUCUACUAUCGCCACCAACGUUAUCUUUUGUGAAGGACCAACCCACGAACCUAUAGUUUUGUCAUACUUUUGUAAUUUGUAAGGUCAGAUUUUCAUGCACUUUUCAUCAGCGCUGUUCUGCUCUGCUGCUUAUAAUGCUUGUUUAACAAUCGUUGCACGUGUACGGUCGAGACUAGGCAGAGAACUGGAUAUUCAAAAUCAUUCCAUUAGGCAAACCAUUAAGGCUUGUAAGUCACGCGGAUUUGCGACAAACUUCUCAUCAGAGGAGUAUAUUUUAAAAGUGGUGUUUUGUGUUGUUUCUCUUCAUACCUUUUUUUUACUGAUAAUGCAUUUUAAAGUUGCUGUGGAAAUUCCUAUCUUAUUUUUUUGUUUCAAUCUAUUCUAUAAGCACACCAUUAGCCCAUUUUUAUCUCAGGACAAGUAUCGUUUUUUAUUUUUAUUUUACAAAAGCACCAAUGCUAGAUUUGCAAGUACAGUUUUAGUUGGUAUGAUCGUGUGCACAGAUUUGAUUCGAAUAACGGAUGCAACAAUCAGCAAUCAACAAAACAGAAAAAGCUUUGAAUCUUCCGUUCAGUUCCUGGGAGCUUCGAUUUAUGUUUCACUGGAGCGCUUUAUGAUCUCGAAUGAAUUGCAUGCGCGCGCGUGCGUGUUUGUGUGUUAUUAAACCGUUCGCAAGCAAACCUAUACUAUCUAUCACGUAGGUUAUUUUAAUUUUAAUAAACAUGCACGCACACGCAGACAAACCGUGGCCCAUCCCGACGAGGGCUGUGGUCGGUUAAGCAAUCAUCCCUUUUAUUGCCUUUUCCAUUAAUCCAUAAAUGCCAUUCAGCUUUAUUAAUAUAGCAAUGUUAUAGUUGUUACGCGUUUAGUGAUUAAUUACUUGUUUCAUUAAGUCAUAUCCUGCUCUUUUUUCAAUGGUUUGUUUCGGGGUUUUAAUGUUUAUGUUUCUACAAAUGUCCAGUGGUAUGGCUAGCAAUUGCAUAUCGUACAUGUUUCUGCGUGUUUUUAAAAUCAUAAUCCGAUGUUUGUUGUUUGACAUUGAACAGCCAACAGCAAUAAAACCAACCUUUGUUGUAUCCGAGAGAUGUUACAGCAAAACGUAAAUUGAAACCAAUUUACACUCUCUUCCUCUCCCUCCAAUUGCUCAUUCGCUCCCGGUAGAUUUUAGUUGUGUUCAAUGUUGCGUUGCCGAAUGCAACGAAUGCGUAACAAACAAAACAAACAUAAAGAAGAAAAAAAAAACGCUAAACCUAUUGAAUGUGAUUUUGGUACAAUAUUAGCUUAGAGGAAAUCGAUAAAUUGAAACGUUUUGUAUGUAGUAUGUGUGUGUGUGUGUGCAUGUGUGGUAAAAAGGAUAAAAAAUAUGUUUCUAAAAAAAUCGUAAAACAAAAUCCGUCAUCCUGGCGCGUCGGUAGAAAAGUAGUUGCGGUGGCGUAUGCAUUAAUGCGCAGGGAAUAAUACAAAUACGAGCACUUUCCAUAAUCGACACAGCAGAACAGACCCCAGCACGUGUCGCGGAUGGAAGUGACGAUUGCAGGAAGCUAAUUAUAUCUUAAAUGAUUAUCAAUAAGAAGACAAGUACAUUUUAAAAUGGGAUCAAUGGAUAGGUUUAAAGAGAGAAUCACGCUUAUGAUGCGCGCUUGUGAUGGUUUUCGUAUUUCAGUCUCUUUUUGUAGUGUUUUUUCUCUCCUUUCUUUCUUUCUUGUUUCACUUUGCAAACUUUCUACCGCUCCCUGUAGUUUGUAACACUAGCCUCUAAUUACAAAAAAAAAAACCAAAACCCGGAAAAGUGCUAUCUUUUCGGGAUAGGAGCAAAAAAAACUCUCUCACAUACACGGGCUUUUAUUAUAAGCCGCGCAGAAUGUUUUUGGACAAUAUGUAAAACUAACUGUAACUUUCGUACGACACGGCACAAAUUCUACUGCUAUAGUAGCACCCACUGUUGUUGUAAAAUCUCAUCUCACCUAUCGAAACCACACCACACCACACUAUGCACGCUAUGUUGUAAUAUCGCCUGUAACAGAACUGCCGUGAAUGUGUAAAAUCCGUGACCGUGUGAAUGAGACCGCGUGUGUGAAUGCGUACGAUUAUCAGGCCGCAUUAUCAGGCGACGCCGACAAUCGUUUGUGUGUGUGUGCAAGGAUAUGCCGAAUGAAUGGGGUAAUUAUUAACAAAGAAGAAAAGUGUUUAAGUAAACAAAGUAACAGCAAAGCAUUAUUGUGUGCCCCUCCUACAUUCUGGACUGAUCUUUAUAUAUAUACAUAUGAUAAAAACAAAAAAACAAAAGUACAUAUAAAUAUAUAUAUAUAUACAUUACGGUAAAGCAGACGUGUACAAUGCAAUGAAAAACAAACAAACAAAACGAACGAAUAAAAAGAAAAGGGAACGCUCGAAAAGAGUAUGCGUAUUACCAUAUAUCGAACCAUUUUCCACCCCCAGCGCUAAAAAAAAAAGAAAA